AUUACCAUUUAUUAACUAAACCCACUCUAGAGAGGAUCCGAGCGAGAGAGACCCGAAAGAAAGAGGCGAGGCCACAUCUUGGAUAUUUUCCUUUUCUCAUCAACGCUUCGCCGGACUUUCCCUUCCAUAUACAGUUUUUCACUCUUCUUCUAAUCUCAGGUGAGUAUACGUAUAUUGUGGAAGUGGUGAAAAGACUAGGGUUUUGAUCUGUUACUUGCGAUGGAGAUGGACUUGCCUGAAUCGAGGUACGAGGAUGGGGUUGAGAAACCGAGCUCUCAUUCCACUAGAGAUAAAGAUAGGAAGAAAAGUAGCCGUGGAGAAGACAGAGAUACAGAUUAUCAUAGAAGCAAAGACAGAGAACGGUCCAAGAGAAGUAAGGAAGAUAUUGGCAAAGAUUCCGAGAAGAACCAAGAUGAGAAUGUUGACAGGGAGCGGGGAAAGGAUAGGAGUAGUAGGGAUAGCAAAGCAAAAGAUAAAGAUCAUGAGCGGGAUAAAUCUAGAGAGAAGGAUAGGCGAAUGAAGGAAAAAGAGUCCGAGAGGGAUAGGGAUAGGGAAGCUGACAGGGAAAGGGGCAAGGAUAAGAAUAGGGAUAGGGACAGAGAGAAAUAUAAGGAUCGAGAGAAGGAGAGGGAAGUACAUAAAGACAGAGAUGUCGAAAUGGGAAGAGAGAAGCCUAAGGACAAGGAGAGGGAGAGAGGGGCAUAUCAUGAUAAAGAAAGGUUAAGAGAUAGGGACAGGCUGAACAAAAGAAGUCACGAGGAUGAUCAUGAUAGAAGCAAUGAUAACAUAAAUGAAAUGGGUCAUGAAAAAGGCAGGGACGGUGUAGUUAAGCGAGCAAAGGUUUCAUUUGAUGAUAAGAGUGACGAUGACCGGAGGAUUGAAGGCACAUCAGGUGGAGGACUUGCAUCUACAUUAGAAUUUGAGGAGCGAAUUUUGAAGAUGAAAGAAGAAAGGCUAAAGAAAAAUUCAGAUGCAAGUUCUGAGGUCUUAUCAUGGGUUAAUAGAAGUCGUAAGCUAUUAGAGAAAAAGAAUGCUGAAAAGGAGAAAGUCAAGCAGCUGUCGAAACUUUUUGAGGAGCAGGACAAGAUUGUUCAAGGAGAAAGUGAUGAAGAGGAGGCAGACGAGCUUGCUACUAAUGAUCUAGCUGGAGUUAAGGUUUUACAUGGCCUUGAGAAAGUAAUGGAAGGUGGAGCAGUUGUUUUGACACUUAAAGAUCAAAGUAUACUUGCAGAUGGCGACCUUAAUGAAGAGGUUGACAUGCUUGAAAAUGUGGAAAUCGGAGAGCAGAAACGUCGAAACGAGGCUUAUAAGGCUGCCAAGAAGAAGACUGGAAUUUAUGAUGACAAAUUCAAUGAUGAUCCUGCUUUGGAGAAGAAAUUGCUUCCACAAUAUGAUGAUCCCGCUACAGAUGAGGGGGUAACCCUCGAUGCAAGGGGACGCUUCACUGGCGAAGCUGAGAAGAAACUGGAAGAGCUCCGCAAAAGGUUACAAGGUACUCCCACAAAUAACCGCAUUGAAGAUCUUAGCUCUUCUGCAAAAAUGUCUUCAGAUUACUAUACUCAAGAGGAGAUGCUUCAGUUUAAGAAGCCCAAGAAAAAAAAAUCUUUGCGGAAAAAGGAGAAACUGGAUAUAGAUGCCCUUGAAGCCGAAGCUGUCUCUGCAGGAUUGGGUGUUAGAGAUCUUGGUUCUCGAAAUCAUGGGAGAAGCCAGGCCAUUAGAGAGGAACAGGAGAGAUCUGAAGCAGAAAGGAGAAGCAGUGCAUAUCAAUCUGCAUAUGCUAAAGCAGAUGAGGCUUCUAAAUCACUGAGACUUGAGCAAAAGCUUCCUGUUAAACUAGACGAGGAUGAGAAUCCUGUAUUUGCAGAUGAUGAUGAGGAUUUUGUCAAAUCCUUGGAUAGAGCAAGGAAACUAGCUUUCAAAAAGCAAGAGGAAACAUCUAUUCCUCAAGCCAUUGCUAGACUAGCCGCUGCCAAAAAAAGUGAAACUGCAGAUGGUCAAAACCCUACAAAUGGAGAGUCACAGGAAAGUAAGGUUGUCUUCACGGAGAUGGAAGAAUUCGUCUGGGGCCUGCAAUUGGAUGAAGAGUCGCAUCAGCCUAAGACUCAGGAUGUUUUCAUGGAUGAGGAUGAAGCACCAGUAGCUUCUGAUCAAGAAAUGAAAGACGAAGAUGGCGGUUGGACAGAAGUAAAAGAUUCUGUUAAUGAUGAAAACCCAGUUAAUGAGGCUACAGAGGACAUAGUCCCAGACGAAACAAUUCAUGAAGUUCCAGUAGGGAAAGGAUUAUCUGGUGCCUUGAAGCUACUCAAGGAGCGGGGAACACUUAAAGAAGGUAUUGAUUGGGGUGGCAGGAACAUGGACAAGAAAAAGAGUAAACUUGUUGGCAUUGUAGAUGAUGAUGUCAAGAAUGAAAAGUUUAAAGACAUUCGGAUUGAGAGGCUGGAUGAGUUCGGGCGAGUUAUGACUCCCAAAGAAGCCUUUAGGUUGAUUUCUCACAAAUUUCACGGAAAGGGUCCCGGAAAAAUGAAGCAAGAAAAGCGCAUGAAACAGUACCUGGAAGAGCUGAAGUUGAAACAAAUGAAAAAUUCAGACACACCUUCAGAAUCUGUUGAACGGAUGAGGGAAACCCAGGCUCGGUUGAAGACACCCUACCUUGUCCUUAGUGGUCAUGUUAAACAAGGGCAAACUAGUGAUUCUGGAAAUGGCUUUUCAACUGUUGAGAAGGAUCUUCCAGGGGGAUUGACGCCUAUGCUUGGUGACAAAAAGGUUGAGCACUUCUUGGGAAUAAGACGCAAGGCUGAGCCUGAGAAUUCAAACUUGGGGAAGAAGCCUAAAAAUUGAAAACUGAAAACCAGGUUACAAAGUGAUCUUAAAAGGGAUAAAUUUUGGAUAGUGAAAUUAAAAUCGAGUCGGAAUGUGUAACAUUUUUUUAGGCCACUGCAGAACCAGAAGAUUAGCCUGCAAGUUAGUCUGAUAAAUACUGUAUUGCUUUUAGCUGUAAAUUAACUUUUGACUAUAUAAGGAGUUGCAAAAUUUUUGCAUGAUGAA